CUCCGCAGCUUAUCAGCUAUAAGUAGAAGCCGUCGUCUCCCUAUCUUCUUCAGACCGAUAUUUAUCCAAAUUUAUUUUUUCACCCGACAUUUCCUAAACUCGUGUAUUUUUCUUUUUUUAAUUUUCCCGCUCCCUCCUUUUUUCCUGGAAAAAUAAUCUGAUUUGAUUCGACAAAUGAAAGUUGGCGUAACUCAGUUUCUCACCAGAUUUCUCUUUUUUUCUAUAAUUUUGAGGUGUUGUUCAAGUAACGGAAGUGGUGAAAAGGAGAGAACUUUAGGUAUAAUAAAGCCAGAUGGAUUAUCUGGUAAUUAUUCUGAUAGAAUCAAACAAGUAAUUCUUGAAUCCGGUUUCAACAUCAAUAAGGAAAUGGUAAUUCAACUUGAUGAAGAAAAUGCAGCGAAUUUUUAUGCUGAGCACUCUUCCAAGCCCUUCUUUACUAAUCUUAUCAAAUACAUGACUAGUGGUCCAGUGUUGGUUAUGAUUUUGGAAAAGGAAGAUGCUGUUAUUCAUUGGCGAGAGUUAAUUGGACCCACUGAUGCUGGCAAGGCCAAAAUUACUCAUCCUCAAAGCCUCAGAGCAAUGUGCGGGGUAGAUAUAGAAAAGAAUUGUGUACAUGGUUCAGAUUCCCAUCAGUCAGCUCAAAGGGAGAUUGCAUUUUUCUUCAAAGAGGCACCUUCAGCUUUCAAAACUGAGGCAGUCAGAAAGCAUGAUGAACUGUAAGUGGUAUGCGCUCAAAGCUGAAGCUAUAUAUUAUGGUUAACCUAUUUUUAGAUUCUCCUUUUGUCUGUGACUGCUUAGAUUAUAACAUAUAAAAACUUGACAGUUCUAAAUUACACACUCUCUGUUGUAUCUGGAAAUUGGUUUAGUUUAGUUUGUAACUGAGCAACACUAUAGGAACUAAAUGUAUACUGAGUGGAUAUUACAGUAUGUAUAUUUUCUUCUGUUGUGAGCACGUUUUUAUUUGAACUGCCAAUCAAAAAUUUUCUGAUAUCCUCACAAACCAAAUAGAGAGUGAAGUUUUUGAAAGGGUUAAUGUCAUAUUCGGCUUCUAA